CUCAUUCUCUCGUCCCGCUCGUUCGCUCGCUCGCUCGCGCGCCGCUCGUGCACUCGCGGAGCCCCGUUGCUGCAUCUCCAUGGAAACCGCAAAUUAAACGCGCGGCGUAGAGUAACGACAGGCGGCGCGCGUGGCGGUCGGGCCAGCAAAGUGUCGAAGCGGGCGAAGCCCCUCGAUCCCGACGAGGACGACUAUUACUACGAUGAUCCCGUGGAUGAGAGGAACAAUCCGACCAACGAGGCGCCGGCCGUGCCGCCCGGAUUCCUGAGCCCGUCCGUGCGGGAGUACCUCGAUCUCGGUAAAUCGAUACCCG